AUGUCAUCUCAGGAGGAUUAUUUAUUAACCCAUAAUAUUGUUCGUAAAAUUAAAGCUGAUGGGCUAUUUGACAGCAUACGACGAGAUUUACUUCAAGAUAUUGAGCAAAAACCACCAUACAUCGAUUUAAAAUCACAAGUAGAAAAUUUAAUAUCAAAAUAUUUGUCAGAUACAGAAUGGGAUUCAACAUUGAAAAAAUCAGAUUUAAGAGAAAAAUCACGAAAAUAUGUAGAACAAUCUAAUUUGAUUGAUUAUGUUUUGCCGUCAAUCGUGAGCGAGUAUAUGGAUAAAUCGAAUUCUACCUUGAUUCAACCAAAAAUAUCAAAUUUUGUACAAGAAUAUUUAGAACAACUUUUUGGAACCAUCUCAAAUGCUUAUCAUAGUCAAAUGGGUUUACCAUCGUCGUAUCAUCCUUCCUCUUCGCAACAUCAUCAUCAUAUUCCACCACCUUCAGUUAUUCCUUCUUCAACUUCUUCUCCAGAACAAGAACCUUUUACUCCAACAGCUUCGAAUGCACCAUCAUUAAAACAACCUCAUGAUCAAAUGAAACUUAUAAAUAAACCAAAAACAAUGCAAAAUAAAUCUCAAAUAAAAAAUGAAACUGGCACAACAGGAACCAUAGCAGCUGAUGUGCCGAUCAAAAAACUUGUUCAGAAAACAACAACGGAUGUUAAAAAGUCUUCUACCAUUCAAAAAAUGCCACAAAUCAAAAAGCAAGUUUCACUAGAAAAGAAAAAAGAGGAGAAAAAAAUAACAUCAUCAACUGUAGUUAAAAAAGAUGAUAAGAAAAUAAAACAGAAAGAGGUGCCUUCGAAACAAACAGUAACUGAAGAUCGAAAUCCCGUUUCAUCCUCUUCAUCGUCGACCAUAUCAUCACCAGAAGAUUCGAAUGGUAGACAAGAAUUAUUACGAAGCUCUAUUUCAACAUCUAAAGAACCAAAGAAAGUGCACAAAUCGCCAGUUAAAAAUCAGUCUUCUGCAAAAACUGAACUGAAAACAACUGCAGCAUCGCCACCAUUAAAAACCGUUCGUAAUCCUACUGUCGAAGAACAAUCACCAUCAUCUUCGCCUGUAAUUGAAUCACCGCCACUAUCUAUUGUUCGUAUUGCUUCACCUAUACGUGAAAUACCAUCCACUGCUGUUCCAUCAGUUAGUGUGCCUAAUACACCUGUUAAACAGGAAACAGUAGAUGAAACAACUGCGGCAUCUAUUUCACGAAAACGACAGCGUCAGCCUGAACGAUUACAGAAGGAUGAAAAAAAUGAAAACGAAAAACAACAACGGAAAAAAAAGAAAAAAUUAUCAGACGAUGCAAAUAAUGACAAAGAGGAAGGAGAGCAAAAGUUAGCCGUAGACGCGGACAGUGAAAAACAAGAUGGGGAAAAGGUGAUACUCAAAAUUAAGAAAUCGCGAGUUGUUAGCCCUUGUGUUGCACUUGGUGAUAAUGUUGAAAACGAAAAAGAACAAUCAGCAAAAACCGAUGAAAAUGUACCGAAUGAUAUGAAUGUCGACAUUAAAACAUCAUCGAAAGAACCAAAUGUUGUUACACCGUCAUUAAGUAUUCCCUCAACAAGUUCAAUACUUCCAAUCCAACCCCAAAAAUCACAGAACGAUAAUGAAGAAAAAACGCCACGUCGACUUCGUCCAAGACGGCCAAAUCCAAAAUAUUCAAAAGAAGAUUUUGAAGUCGUCAAUGUGCAUACUACUACAGAUCAAGCACCAGCGGUGAGAGUAGCAAUCGGAAAACAUCGUUUAAGCUCGAAAUCUUCGAAAGAAAAAAUUGAAAAUGGAGCUGAUAGUUCUCUCGAUUCAAUGCCAGUGAUGUCAACAAAAAAAACAUCUAAACAGCAACAACAGUCCCCUCACAAACAUCACUCGACGAACAACAUUACAACUUCUCUUUCAGAGCCAACGCUUUUACCACUUCAUCGUGUAUCAUCAUCGAAAUCAACAACGUCAUCUAUAAAUGAAGAUGAGGUCCCACUAAAAAUAAAUGAAAGUGGUGAAAUGUCACCAGAAUACGGUACAUCAGAAUCAGCAUUCGUUACCUCAGAAAACGAAAACGUGAAUGAUGUUACUUUGAAUAAAGAGCAACAACAAACAACACCAACCAAUGAAACAGAUAAAGAAGAAACUUUGUCUCUGACGUAUAAACCAUCUGAAAAUGAAGAGACAAAAUCAGAUAAAAAACGUUCAUCAUCACCAAGAAGACUACGACCAAGAAAUCAAAAAUCAGUAACAUCAACAAAUGACGAAGCAGCUAUACCACCACCACCACCACCACCAAUAACAACAACAGCAAAAACAGAUGAACCAUUUCCGACAAAUUCUGAACUCCCAUCUGUGCCGAAUAAAAAGUAUCAGCGUCGUCGUACAACUGUCGGUUUACGUGAUUCUACUCAACCCAUAAUUCUUUUUGAUUGCAUCACACCAUCGCCACCUAUAGCACGUGAUAAUUCAACAGAUUCUCAACAAUCUUCAACAUCUCGAAAAAGUUGUCAACCAUCUGCUAUAACAACACCUGAUCAAACUAUGUCUGAUCCACCAAUUCGUUCAGUACCUGUACCCGAUAAUUUAAGCAUACAACGCGCAACUACUUUUUCAAGUGAUGAAACAAGCCGAAGUUCAUCUCCAAACAUUCUUAAUGAGCAACAGUCACAGGCUGCUAUUAAUACUCUAAGAUCAAAACCAUCAAAAUCAUUCAUUUGGAAACCAAAAAUAUCGAAAUAA